CAAACGCGCCCUUUCAUCAAAACCUUCACUUUCACUUCUCAGCUCCAACCAACGUCCCCAUCCAUCCAUCGAUAAUCCAUUUAUAUAAAUUAUACAUUAUAAAUCAAAAAUUAUACACAUAUAUACACAUAUAUACAUGCCUUCUUCCUCCUCCAUUUUCUUCUAAAACAUCAAUGGAUUGCUUGGUUUUGCCUGUUUCAAUUCUGCGAAAGCGCUCACGCUUGGCAUAUCACCCUCUCACACAAGAAGCUGGCUGCUUGGAGGCCGCUCCGCCGGUGACUGUGGUGGUGGGGAAAGAGAAAAGAGAGUUUCUGGUGGACCCUUUUGUGUUAGAAGAAAACCCUUUUAGGGUUUUGAUUGAUACAGUCAUGAAGAAGAAGGAGAAGAAGAAGAACAAUAGUAUUGAAGAAACAAAGAGGGAAAAAAGAGUAAUAUUAGUGGAUGUAGAUGCAAUUUUGUUUGAGCACAUGUUGUGGUUGAUGUAUAACGAUUGUUCUUCUUUGUUUCAGCUUAAUGUCAGAGAGAUUAAUGACUUCUACGCUCAAGAUUAUUAGAUUGUGCUUCUGCGUUUCAUAAAUUUUAUGUAUAACAACUGAUCCAUCAUUGUAAUAACGAUUAAUAUAUAAGUUAAUACAAAUACAAUAGAUUCUUCUCUUAUUUUUUUCAUUACUUCUCAACAUCGAUUAUCU